AUGGUGUUGCUGGAGCCGGUGGAGGGACGGUGGGCGCCCCUGCCAUGGCCAAGCGAGAGCCUCCCCCUCUUCUGCCAGGUGGUCGUCGUGGAUGGCACCGGCGGGCAUGGGAGGAAGCGGCUGAUGGUGGUCGGCGGCUGGCACCCGGAGAUGUGGUCCCAGACAGACACGGUGUUCGUCUACGACUUCCUGACAGGCGCGUGGCGGCGCGGCACACCCAUGCCGGGCCCGUGCCAUUCCUUCUUCGCCUGCGCGGCUAUCGGCGGUGCCGUGUAUGUGGCCGGUGGCCACGACGACGAGAAGAACGCCCUGCGGUCAGCACUCGCCUACGACCCGGACGCCGACGUGUGGGCACAGAUCCCGGACAUGGCGGAGGAGCGCGAUGAGCCGCGCGGGCUCUGCGUCGCCACCGGGGGAGGCGGCAGGUUCCUCGUCGUCGGUGGGUACCCGACGCAGGCGCAGGGCCUCGUGGCGCGCGACGGCGUUGGCGUGGCGACCGGUGGCGCAGGUGCUCGAGGACGCGCGCACCGCGGCGACCGUCUCCGCCAUCCCAGACGGCCACGUCGUGGUCAUAGGCGAGGGAGGGAUUGA